AGAACUGGGUUGGGGCAACAUCCCACUCCCAACCCGCCCCAGCCCGCCGACCCUUGGGCCCCUUUAACCGGGCAGCGGAAGGGGCGGCCGGGGGAGGCGGCGGCGCCCAAUGGGCUGCGCGGAGCGUCACUUCCCGGCGGCGGGAGGCGAGUGGCGAGUGUCGGGCCGGCUGGCGGGGGCGGGGCGGCCAAGGAGGCGUUGGCAGCGGGCUCGGACCCACGCGGCGCUGCGGCCCGCCUGGCCUGCAACGCUCCCACCGGCUCGGCGGCACGAUGCCCUUUGACUUCAGGAGGUUUGACAUCUACAGGAAGGUACCCAAGGACCUCACGCAGCCGACGUAUACUGGUGCCAUUAUCUCCGUCUGCUGCUGCCUCUUCAUCCUCUUCCUCUUCCUGUCAGAACUCACCGGAUUCAUCACGACAGAAGUGGUGAAUGAGCUCUACGUCGAUGACCCAGACAAGGACAGUGGAGGCAAAAUUGACGUCAGUCUCAACAUCAGUUUGCCCAGUUUGCACUGUGAAUUGGUCGGGCUUGACAUCCAAGAUGAGAUGGGCAGGCAUGAAGUGGGCCACAUCGACAACUCCAUGAAGAUCCCGCUGGACAACGGAGCAGGCUGCCGCUUCGAGGGCCAGUUCAGCAUCAACAAGGUCCCCGGCAACUUCCACGUGUCCACGCACAGUGCCACAGCCCAGCCACAGAACCCGGACAUGACACAUAUCAUCCACAAGCUCUCCUUUGGGGAUACACUGCAGGUCCAGAAUGUUCAUGGAGCUUUCAAUGCUCUCGGUGGAGCGGACAGACUCACCUCCAACCCCCUGGCCUCCCAUGACUACAUCUUGAAGAUUGUGCCCACAGUGUAUGAGGACAAGAAUGGCAAGCAGCGUUACUCCUACCAGUACACAGUGGCCAACAAGGAGUAUGUUGCCUACAGCCACACGGGCCGCAUUAUCCCCGCCAUCUGGUUCCGCUAUGACCUCAGCCCCAUCACAGUCAAGUACACAGAGAGAAGACAACCGCUCUACAGGUUCAUCACCACGAUCUGUGCCAUCAUUGGUGGGACCUUCACUGUUGCUGGCAUUCUGGACUCCUGCAUCUUCACAGCCUCGGAAGCGUGGAAGAAGAUCCAGCUAGGCAAAAUUCACUGACAUCCUGCCCGGCCCAGCGACUGAGGACCAGGGACCCUGCUAGUCCACCUCCAGCGCCCUAUCUCCUUCUGCCUUCUUUGGCCCAGUGUGUGUGGGAGGAGGGGGGUGGUGGUGAUGGGUGGCACAGGGUUCCGCAGCUACCUCUUUCCCCGUGUUUUAGAUAAAUUUACACUGCCUGGAGUCUUGGUGUUCCUUUCCCUACAGAGCCCCAAGACCAGAGUGAGGCAUGGAGAGGUACUCCAGGGAUGCUAGUGCCCCCUCGUGGGAAGGCUGUAGUCUUUUCUCCGGUAGGGAACAGCCCAGAGUCCUCACAGGGCAGCUCUCAGCCAGGUUUUGACAAUCUUUUAAGCCCCACCAUUUGGACACACUAACAGCUCGAUUUCUCCCCUAGCAGCCAACCUGAGCUCUCAGCCUUCAGACCAGGUUGCCCAAAGGUACUGCUGCCUGGCGCUUUCAACCUGGAAUGGUACUUGGCAGGCAAGUCCCUAGACACGGUACUGUAGCUGGAACUUGCUUCUGCCCCAUGGCUUCAUGCCCAACCUAGAGCCCAGGUAUUAGCCCUUGCUCCACCCCGGCCUUCUAGAAAGCAGAUGCCUAAUUGUUUGGCAGAAUGGUGGAGACUCGGAUUUGCCCACCAGUCCUGAGGCAGCUCACGGGUGCCCCUUCCUCUCAUGUCUUUGCUCUUCUGAAUCCCCACCAAUGUGCCUCAGCCGCUGUGCUAUGUGGCAAUAGCAUUUCUUGGUGACGGGGCUGGUUCCCACUGCGAAGUUUCCCCGACGUACACCGUUACAUUCUGCAGUGCCAAGGGUUAGGGCCAUGUGACUGGAAGGUUAUCCUUGGAGGACCACAUAAGGCACACAGUCUGUGCACAUCUGUCCAAUCCAGAAGCAGCCUUCCCUGCAAACCACCACUGAUCUUGUCUCGACAUCCACCUUUGGUCCCAAGGCCUUAGCUGGGGGAACGAAGCAGACCAGCUUCUUCUCUUUGCACCUCUACCUUGUAGACUCCCAAGGGUGCCCAGCAUUUGGGACCCACUUGCCAUUGAGAUCCCCUAUUAGCUGAGCACACACCAAUUCGUUCCCAGCCCCUGGGGGGCUCCAGUGUCUCCUCCACUUCCCCCUGAGGUGGAUCCCUCCCCUGUUGCCCUCUCAUCCUCCUCUUUUUGCCCUAAAGGGAGGGGCAGUGGUCCAGGCAUGAAUUCCAUGCGGAGAAUUUUAGCUCUGCUCUCAUGUCCAGAGAGCGAGCCGCGUGCCUGGGCUGCAUUUAUAAGAGACUGCUUGCAUACUUUUGUAAUGAAGGGGAGCCUCCAGCAGGAAGUUUUUUUUGUUUUGUUUUUCUAAAGUAAUCUCUUAUGGGUAGCUGGAUUCUCUGCCAUUUGUAAUUUUUGCCUCUGAAUUCCAAUUUGAAAAAGUUCCCUUUUUGUAUGAGUUGACUGUUGUUGUGUAUGUAAACCGCCCCUGAUUUAUUUCUGGUAUCUGGCCACUUGGAUGGAUUUCUUUUCUUUUUUUAAACGUUCUGUUCCCCAGUUACAGAAACCAGUCCCUUUGGUGUGUAAAUCUGUCACCUGUGGAGGGUGGGGCAGGGUGGGACAGGGCGGGAAAAUAUGUGGCAUGCAUAUGAGUUGAAAUCCCACUUUUGUGAGGACACAGGGGAUGUUGGUUUCCCAUGAAAGAGACGCCUCUGGCCUGUUAUUCUUGUAAAGGUAUUCUCAGAGGGACAUAUGUUUUGAUUCUUUCCCACUCACUGGGUUCAAAUAGGUUAUUAAAAGGCUGCUUUUCAGAAA